CUUUCUUCCUUGCGCCUUUGCCGUUUCCGAUGCGUGCUCAUGGCCUCGUAUGCCUUUUCUCUCUUCCUUCUCGCGUCCGGUUGUUGUCGUUCGUAUAUCCUAGGCGAUCGGGACAGCGGGCCGAGGGUUGUGAGCCUGCGCUGAAGAGCCCCUUUCCGAAAUGGAGCCGGACGUCACGCCUCCUGGUGAAGGCAGCGUCGGAUUCCCCGUCCGUGGACUCGGACGAUGGAGAGACCAGAGGGCCUCUCGGACAGUUUGGACACCUGUGAGCUUCAUCACCGUCGGAGACCGGCGGGACGGGCCCCGGGGGCUAUUUCAUAUUUCCGUUCCCAAGGAAUGCCGAUGGCCGGCUUCUGGCUGGUGUACCAUGUUGAAGACAUGGUUUGACGAGGUAUGGGUCAAAUGGGUUGGUCACUAUUGUCAUUUUCAUCCAGGUAGGCACAGCCAUCGCGCAUACUGCCACUAUGCAAUACGAUCCAUGGGACUGCUGCAAUAACGGGCUGCAGUCCUUAUACAUUGCUCCAUGCCAGGACCCUCCUCCUCUUCCUCCUUCUUCUUCUUCUUUAACUAGAGAGACACAGAGUGUCGUCUGUCGCGAGUCGUUAGACCACACUUAACACCGUCAGCCGGCUGCGUCCCGGCUCUGUAAUUCGUGCC